UUCCAGCAGAUUUAUCCUAAUUUCGCCUGACAAGCCUCCUUCCUUAAGAUACAGAGCUGUAAUCCCGGCAGCUAACGAACUAUCAAGUGGGAUUUCGGUUCACUGGGGUCCUUUUCUUUUAAGACUCCCAUCUUGGAGGGAAGGAAAGAGAGAGGGAGGGAGCUCGGAGAAAGAGAGAGAUGGAGGGGUGAUCAGGGAGGCACCUUUGGGAACUGGAAACGUGCCGGCUGUGAAAAUUACAACAACAAAAAAAGAGGAGGUUGCUGUUGGUUAUUUUCUGGAAGGGUGAGUGGGAAGAGAAGACCGGAUCGUGGAUUGUACAGGGUCCUGUUGCUCCUGUCUCUGGGGGGGCUUGUUCUAACGGUCUGUUUCAGGCAAGAAGAGUGAAGAAGUAGCCCCGCCCCGACGCCAUGGACAUCAGCGGCCUGGAGACGGUGGUGGCCAACUCGGCCUACGUGACGGCCCGGGGGAGCAUGGACGGCGGCAUGGCGGCCACCAUGCGGGACAAGAAGAUGCGGGCCAGGCUGAAGCUGCCCCACAUCCAGGUGUGCGACCACAUGAAGGCCACUGUGGACACGGGCUUCGAGAACAUGUGCAUCAAGCAGCCCAUCGGCAAGCGCCUUCUGCAGCAGUACCUGGAGAGCGAGGAGGCCUUCAAGACGGCCGGCACCCUCUGGAAGGACAUCGAGGACUACAACACGGCCGAGGAGAAGGACCGGCCCCAGAAGGCCCAGAAGAUGGUCAACAAGUACUACGACUCAGCCUCCAAGACCUUCUGCGGCUUCCUGGAGGAGAAGGCCAUCUCCCGGGUGAAGGAGGACCACAAGAACUGCCGCGGGGACCUGUUCAAGGAGAGCGAGCAGCAGCUGCUCCGCCACCUGGAGAGCAGGGCCCUGGAGGGCUUCAGGGGCAGCCUGUACUUCCUGCGCUUCGUGCAGUUCAAGUGGCUGGAGGCGCAGGCGGUGACGGAGGAGUGGUUCAUGGACUUCCGGGUGCUGGGGAAAGGGGGGUUCGGGGAGGUGCACGCCUGCCAGAUGAAAGCCACGGGCAAGAUGUACGCCAACAAGAAGCUGAACAAGAAGAGGCUGAAGAAGCGCAAGGGCUACGAGGGAGCGAUUGUGGAGAAGCGGAUCUUGGCAAAGGUCCACAGUCGUUUCAUUGUGACGCUGGCCUAUGCCUUCCAGACCAAGACAGACCUCUGCCUGGUCAUGACCAUCAUGAACGGAGGAGACCUCAGAUACCACAUCUACAACGUGGACGAGAAGAAUCCAGGCUUAAACGAGGAGCGGACUUGUUUCUACACAGCCCAGGUCAUCUGUGGCCUCGAGCACCUGCACCAAAACAGGAUCAUCUACAGGGACCUUAAACCUGAGAACGUGCUGCUUGAUGAUGCAGGACACGUCAGGCUAUCAGACUUGGGGCUAUCUGUGGAGCUGGAGGAAGGUCAUGACAAGACUAAAGGAUAUGCAGGCACCCCAGGCUUCAUGGCCCCGGAGCUGCUGAAGAACGAGGAGUACGACUACAGCGUGGACUACUUCACUCUGGGGGUGACGGUGUUCGAGAUGAUCGCGGCCAAGGGCCCCUUCCGGAGCCGUGGAGAAAAGGUGGAGCUCAAGGAGGUGACCCGGCGCAUCCUGAACGACCCCGUCUCCUACCCGGACGUGUUCGGCGCUGACUGCAAGGCGCUGUGCGAGAGGCUGAUGGAGAAGGACCCGGCGCGGCGCCUGGGCUUCCGGAACGGCGAGUGCGCGGAGCUGAAGCAACAGCCCUUCUUCCGGGGCCUGAACUGGGGCCGGCUGGAGGCAGGCCUCAUCGACCCCCCGUUCGUCCCCGACCCCAAGAUGGUGUACGCCAAGGACAUCAGCGACGUGGGCGCCUUCAGCACCGUCAAAGGCGUGGUGCUGGACGACAAGGACAAGGAGUUCUACGACGAGUUCGCCACGGGCAACAUCCCCAUCCCCUGGCAGGAUGAGAUGAUCGAGACGGGGGUCUUCGGCGAGCUGAACGUGUGGGGCCAGAAGGGCAGCACGCCCAACGACCUGAACUACAACUACGUGCCGCCGGCAGAGAGCGCCAAGUCCGGGACCUGCCUGCUGCUCUGACGGGCAGGGAGGGGAGGGCCGGGACAGCGGAGAGCGAGCGAGCGAGCACCGGCGGGGCGGAGGGGCGGAGAGGCGGGCGGCUGCCUGGACUGUCACGGUAUCCGUCAGAGCAGUCGCCCUUUCCCCUUUUAAUCCUUUUUUUAACCCUCUCCCUGCUCGUAGUCUGCCCGGCAGAUGGAGACAAGUCACCCUUUGCCGUCUUGGCAGAGAAACGCAGAAAAACAGCGAUGUAUGUAUGUAUUGAUAAACUCGUAAAGCGUGGGAACGGGGCGUUAGAACUUGUGAGCAGAGUACGCGAGGCUUUAAAAUUUAGCGCCUUCCUCUCGCGCAAAAACCGUUAGUCCUCGAUCUCACGCAGAACAAACGGUACCGAUCGUAGCAAUAGAUAAACACAUAGAUUCGAGUACAAAUAUUGUCUUUUUAUUCUUUAUGGUGUCUUCAGGGGCAUGUACUGCUUAAAGUCGAGCAAAGGAGGACACCGUUCCUGCGGUCCAGCGGGUGUCCCGGUUUCACGGGACAUCAGAGGGAAGUGGUCGCUUUCUCGGCGGCUGGGAGGAGACGGAAAACUCCCGAACUGGCGGUUAAAACCCCGUCAGCAGAUUGAGCGCAGGGAAUUUAGGACAGGUUGAAUGGUUAAUGAAAGCGAGUUCCUACAGACAUUUCUAGCGAUUUAACACGAUGGUGUUUGAUCUCUCUAAAUUUUAGGAUUUUAAUAAUAAUAAUAAUAAUAAUAAUAAUAAUUGCUUACACUUAUAUAGC